UUCGCAGGUCCCUUCCCCACUCGGUCACUGACUCACUAAACUCAGUUACUCACUCUCCCCUGCAGUUCUGCCACAAAACUGACACCUCAAUGAAGUCAUGCACUUCCAUCUCUCUCUCUCUCUGUUUUCUUUCAUUUUCUUCUUCACUUCUCAAAGUUGAGUCUGCGAAGAAACCCCCCACCCACUGUUCUUCUCUCUCUCUCUCUCUCUCUCAACUCCCAACAACUCUCCCUCUACUCUCCAGCCCAGCCUCCUCUUUCACUUCAGUUCAGUUCUUCCGAGCAAACCAAAAAUCUUCUUCCCACCACCACCACCCUUCUACAGAACGAAGAAGGUUUCGCCAGUAAAUCUGUUUUAGCUCCCAUCUCUUCUUUAGAUCUGUCAAACCCCCACAACCUUACAUAUCUCUUCCGCAGGAAACAACAAACAAGCUAGAAGAAAACCCCACUUGCUCGCUCACCUCGUCUCCCUCAAAAAACCAGAAGCCCAAGAAAAGCAAAAAAAGAAAACGAACAACAAAAACACAGAAUCUCCCCUCUCUCUCCUUCAGUGUUCUGUUUCUCUCUCUCUCUAGAGGAAUGCAUUCAAGUUUUGAUUUUUAUCAAUGAAGUGGGAUCCCCACACCUCUCUUCUUCCUCUUCCUCCUCCUCUUCUUCUUCUUCUUCUCGGGGGCGAGUGUGAAUGGGGUGUAUGCUCUCUCAGCUGGCCGCAAAGUUCGCCUUCUUCCCGCCCUCCCCGGCCACCUACCGGAUCAAGAAGGGCGACGACGGCGGCCUCACUGCAGUGACCUCCUCCUCCCCGGAGACCCCGAUCCCGAGCGCUGACGACAGCUCCCUGGACGUCCUCUCCAUCGACACCAAGCGCGGCAACAGGAUCGUGGCGUUUUACCUCAGGAACCCCUAUGCGAGGCUCACUGUGCUCUACUCCCAUGGGAAUGCCACCGACCUCGGCCAGCUCUACGACCUCUUCGUACAGCUCAAGCUCAACCUCCGUGUCAAUGUCAUGGGAUAUGACUAUUCUGGCUAUGGAGCCUCUACUGGUAAGCCGAGUGAAUCCAAUACGUAUGCGGAUAUAGAGGCUGUAUACCAGUGUCUCGAGACUGAGUAUGGAGUUGGUCAAGAGGAUGUGAUCUUGUACGGGCAAUCCGUGGGGAGUGGGCCGACCCUUCAUUUGGCAUCUAAGCUGCCGAGGCUCAGAGGUGUUGUCCUCCACAGUGCCAUUCUCUCUGGCCUACGUGUCCUCUGCCACGUCAAGUUCACAUUUUGCUGCGACAUUUACAAGAACAUCAACAAAAUCCGGAAGGUGAAGUGCCCGGUAUUAGUGAUACAUGGAACAGAAGAUGAUGUUGUGAACUGGCUCCACGGCCAUGGACUGUGGAAAAUGUCCAGGGAACCCUAUGAGCCUCUUUGGAUUAAAGGUGGGGGCCACUGCAAUUUGGAGCUGUACCCCGAUUAUAUCCGACACCUUUGUAGGUUCAUUCACGAGAUGGAGAAGGUCAAUACAGAAAACCGUCUCAAAAAGAUCCGCCAAAAUCUCCACCUCUGCAGGAAAGCAUCAACGUCUACUACCGUCUCCACUUCUUGUUGCUGUUGUAGGAUAAAACUGAGACGCCCCAGAUGCCCAAAAUGCCCAGAAUGCUCGAUGCCCAGCUGCCCUAACUGUUUCAGGUGGCCCAAGUGUUCGGGCUGUUGUGGGCUCAACUGCAUCAAGUUCAAAUGCUGCCCAGAAUGCUCGAAGCCCAGCUGCCCUAACUGUUUCAGGUGGCCCAAGUGUUCGGGCUGUUGUGGGCUCAACUGCAUCAAGUUCAAAUGCUGCCCAGAAUGCUCGAUGCCCAGCUGCCCUAAUUGUUUCAGGUGGCCCAAGUGUUCGGGCUCUUGUGGGCUCAACUGCAUCAAGUUCAAAUGCUGCCCAGAAUGCUCGAUGCCCAGCUGCCCUAAUUGUUUCAGGUGGCCCAAGUGUUCGGGCUCUUGUGGGCUCAACUGCAUCAAGUUCAAAUGCUGCUGUUGGAAGCUCAAGUGCCCAAGAUUUUUUAGACCGAGCUGUAGCUGUAAGCGUAGCUGUUUGAGACCAAAAUGCUGUUUCUGCUGUCUGUGCUGCCCCGAGGGGAAUGGCAAGACCAACAGAAAGCAGGAGGAACCAAAAUAGCCUGUUGCUGUAUAGACUGCUAAACUAGGUGACACCUCCUAAUCGGGCUGUUUGUUAGUAAACUAGAAAGAGUGAUAUCUGGGAUUAUGAUUUAAUUGGUUGUAAUUGGUGGGAUUGAGUUACUAUGAAUCAUAAUGAGCAAAAGAACCGCUCCCGCAUUUAA